AUGGGAGAUUAUAAGUUGGCCAAGAAAAUUGCAAGGUACCUAUCUGGCACGAAGACAUUGCGACUUUCUAUGAUUGGAAGAGAAGAUGAACCAGAGCUGUUACAAGUGGUUGGGUACAGUGAUGCGGAUUUCGCUGCCGACAAAGGUGACAGAAAAUCUGUCACGGGUGGUUUAAUUACGAUUGAUGGCAUGCCAGUGAGCUGGAUGUGCAAGAAGCAAGGCGGUGUAUCACUUUCGACCAUGGAGGCUGAGUUUACAGCUGCAUCCAUUAUGGCUCGAGAACUUUUGGGCAUUCGCGAACUGUUGCAAGAGUUAGAUUUGAGAUUUGAAGAGCCUAUACCACUGCGAGUGGAUAAUCAAGCGGCUUUGAAACAACUUGACGGUGAGAGAGCUUCGGCUAAGGCCAAACACAUUGAUGUGCGCAUCAAGUUUGUCGGUGAUUUCGCGAAGCGAGGAAUCAUAAAGCCUGAAUAUCGAGAAACUUCGAGUAUGCCUGCGGACAUACUAACGAAGGCAUUGGCUGCACCGAGAUUGGUCGAGAUGCGUCAAGUGAUCGGUUUAAAAUAA